CAAAAGAACUCCCGCUUCGAUUUGCAAUAAUAGUCUUUUGUUGAACUCAAUAUUUAUUCCACAAUCUCAAAGUUCGGCCAGUCAUGUGACCACUUAGAUCUUUAUAUUACCUACACGACCGAUACGUCUGUACUGAAUAGGAGAUCUUGCUUGAUUAUCAUCGUCAAAGAACACACAAUUUCUUCGAAUCCACGUCUGACGAGGAAAAAUUAUUCAUCAUGGUUGUCAAGAUUUACAUUGAUAUGCUAUCCCAGCCUUGCCGAUCGCUCAUCAUCUUCCUCAAGAACACAAAGAUUCCGUUCGAAUUGGUAACGGUCAACCUCCGAGAUGGUAGUCAUAUGAAACCAGAAUACAAGAAAAUUACACCUCUGUGCACUGUACCAGCUAUUCAAGAUGGAGACUUUAGUAUGGGGGAAACCAUGGCAAUCAUUAGGUAUUUGGCGACGAAGUAUUCAGACCUAGUCCCUGACCAUUGGUACCCGAAGGAUCUAGAGAAAAGAGCCAGAGUUGAUGAAUACAUGGCCUUUCAUCAUACAGGAACAAGAGGGGGAUGUGGUCGUAUCUUUUACAGUGAGAUCGUUAUCCCAAUGCUAUCUGGAGGAAAGGAGCAUGCAUCGGAGGAAAAAUUGAAGAAUGACGAAGAAAAUCUUACCAAGCAGCUUGAUAAGCUGGAGCAUGCUUUCUUACAGGACAAUGCUUGGCUGGCCGGGGAUGACAUCUCAGUUGCUGAUGUGCUGGCCGUUUCUGAGAUAAUGCAGAAUACCAUUAAUGGGCGCGAUGUAACAGAGGGUCGACCUAAACUCAGGGCUUUUGUUGAUCGUGUGAAAACUCGCCUCAAUCCAACAUUUGACGAAACUCACGCAGUAUUGUACGAAUUUAGGGCUAACUAUAAGAAAUAGAUGCCAAUUAUCAUAACAUUCCUGCACCCAUCAUAAUUGUUAAAAUGUUCUAAUGAGUCAAUGAAUAUCGGAUUUAACGUCUUCAACGUGAACUCUAAAAAGUGAAUUUAUCUUUGGUCUGUUCAGAGCAAUUGAUACAUGUCAUGUAUUUUACUAUAUUAUCAUGA